AUGCUAGCUGGAGUUGCUUUUGGAGUCAUUGGGCCCUGCAUUUACACAGUGGAUGGAACAAUGCUUCACGAAGUCAAAAACUUCAAACCAGGGUAUCAAACUCUGGGCACAAAUCAUUGUAAGAACAAUUCAUGUGUAAAUCUCAAAGAGGGCCAUGACAUGAUCAAAUGA